AUGGGGAAAGAGCAGAACGAGCCGAAGGAGCAGCCCCUCGUGCUCUUCGCUGGUCUGGUCAAGGGUUGCCAGCUUAUCGCCUCGUACUCCCAGCAGAAGCAAUAUGAGCAAGCCGCGCUGGAAGCAAUGAAAGAAGUUCCGUCUCAUGUCCAUCGAUUCUCCCUGGGCCAUGGCGGGGUGAUGGCGUUGUUCUGCAAGUUCCCCGACCCCCUCUCGUUGGACGGCGGUAGCGGCGCCAUUCAACCGUCCACCCGUCAGUCUCCGCUGCUCACGCCGUCCAACUCGUACGGCGCCGUGCUCAUCGCGUACGAGUCGCCCACGCUCAUGCGCGCUCGCGGCUUCGAGUUGCUUCGUUCCAUGAGCGACCUCUAUCAAACUCUCCUCACCCGUCCGCGAUUCCCUCUCCGCCGCACCACCUCCUCCUUCCUUACCCGCGCCGACGUCUUCAAACGGGGGAAGCUCGAGUCGCAGAUGAGAGAUAUGUGCGCCGCGGAGCGCGGUCUAAGAUGCUCGCAGGACCUGCGAUUGUACCCCAUGGCGCCGAAGGCGUUCCUUGUGCGCGAUUCGUACCAAUCGGCGGAGGAUCUAGCGGCGAUAGAGGCGCUGCGGGAGGAGGUGGAGGCGAAGAAGGAGCGCGCGAAGAAUAUGCUAGAAGCAGAGCUGCAGUUCGUGAACAACAUGGCGGACGAUGACAUCUGCUCCCUACCCGGUACUCUCCACCUCGGGGAAUCCGCCGACGGCGGCGGCCACGGCGACGAUACGCGCGGUGGCGAGGCGGCAGCGGGGAGUACAGCGCAAUCAGUGCCGUAUGACCCAGAUGUGGGCGCGGAUUCGGACGACGAGCACGAGGACCUGGUGCCAAAGUCCAUGCCCGGAGAGUACUACAUGAAACACCCCGCCGCUGAACCCGCUGCUGCUGCGCCUCACGGCGCUGUUUCGCGCGGGGGCUCUUCCCGUGCGCUGAGCUUCUCGCUCUCCUUCUCGCACUCGCGAUCGCGCCCGCGCGAGCAGCAAGCGGACUUGGACGACCUCGUCAGCCGCGUGCGCGCCCUCGCCGCCGCCAGCGCCCCCGCCCCCGCCCCCGACUCCGACGGUACGCUCGCCGCCUCCGCGUCGUCGUUGCUCGCCUCCUGUCACUCCUCCUCGCGGUCCGCGUGCCUAUCGCCCGUGGCGGACGGCGCGAAGCUGAAGCGGUCGGGCAGUCAUGGCAGCCGAUCCAGGUCUGGCGGCCUGAGCUCGCGCAGCUUCAGCUUCGUGCACGGCAGCGGCAGCGGCGGCAGCGCUAGCGGCACCCUCUCGCAUUGGCUUCGCGGAAACCGGGGAUCGCUGCUGCCUGCGGACGCUGCCCGCGUGUCGCCCGCUAGCGACGCGGCUGGCGGCACGGCUGUGUCGCACAGCGCGGAGCUGAUUCCGGGGAAGCGGCAGGGAGGCGAGGGGGCCGUGGGGGGGGCCGCGCUUGGGGAGAGCCUGGAAGAAGCGCUGGCAAAGGUGCAGCAGCACGCCCAGGCGAAAUUAGGGCAGGUGGACGCAGUGCGGGCCGGGUCCUUGCAGGGGCAGGAGGAGCUGAAUUCGCGGUGUACUAAACAGCACAGAAAGUGCUCGCACCCGCAUGAGCAUCACCGGCACCACCGCCACCGUGCGGCGCAACAGCAACAAGAGCUGGGUGAAGGGCGCAGCGGGGAAGCUAGUCCGCGCAGCAAGCAGGGCGCGGGCGAGGUGGCACCGGGCUCUCCAGCGGCAAAAGCAGCGGAGGCGAUAGCAAUGGCAUUGCGCAAGAAGAAGAGCAAGCUCAGCGGGGGGGGCAGCACCAGCCCCACCAGUGGCGCUCCACAGGGUGCAGACUCGGGUGCCUGCAGCGCAUGCUGCAGUGAGUGCGCCUCUCCCUCUCUUCUCUCCAGCCCGCGACCGCCCGUCAAUCACGCCCACGCGCACGUAUCCGCGCACGAGCAGCUUUCCCCGCCCCACCAGCAGCCGCACGCCCAGGCAGAGGCGCAGGCGCCUCAUAGCCCCACGGCCCAGGCACAGCAGUCGUCAGCAGCACGUGAAGAGCAGCUGGAGCAGCUGCAGGCGCAGCUGGAGCAGUUUCGAGAAGAGUACAACGAACGGCGCAGGCAGGAGCAGCAGCAGAAGCAGCAGCAGCAGCAGCAGCAGCAGCAGCAGCAGCAACAGCCGCAACAGCAGGCACCGCUGUCACCACAGAAGCAGCAGCCUCUGCCGCCGCUGUCACCACAGAAGCAGACAGGCGGCAGUGCGAGCAGCAGCAGCAAUAACAGGGAGGAGGAGGCGGGGCCGCCACGAGUAACGUCACGGAGGGAGCAGUUUGAGCAGCAGAAGCAGCAGCUGUUGCGGGAGCUGCAGGGAGAACGCGGCCAAAAGCCCUCCAAGGGCAAAGAGCUUCCGCGCAUCCCAGACGUGUCCCUCAUGGUGCCGUACCCCCCCUCACCCAUCUACACUCCGUCACCAACCUCACGGCUGUCGUCUGUCAUGGAUCGCACAUGGAUAGGCAAGGAUAAGGACAAGAAGCGAGAGCGCGACCGCGCCAGCACUGGAUGGGGAUUAUUGUUUGGAAAGGGGAGGGAGGAAAGGGAGAUGGAGAAGCGUUUAAGGGACAAGAGCCGAAGCUUGCGAUCUAGGAGCUCUUUUUUUGUGUCUGAAAGGAGUAAGAGGGCAGUGCCGGUGGCACAGACGAGCCAUGAGGCGGAGGCGGUGAAUGGAGGGGCGUUUGGGGGCCACGGCAGGGGCGAGGCGUCGCGCAGUGCUGGUGGCGAUGGUGUGCCUGGGUCAUCCCCGCACUGGGUGCAUGAGGCGUGGGUGGCGGGGCAUGAGGGUGUGCAGGGGGGAAGCACUGCGAGCGAAGAGGGAGGAGGGCGGCUGAGGCACUUGUUUGGAGGCGGGUGGCGGCGGUGA